AAGAUAAUAUAAUAAAGAAAGAGUAUUCCAUUAAAAGCUAGUUAUAUGAAAGAAAACGAUGCCGGAAACGGAAACACACAGUGACGCGGUAGAGUUGUGUGCUUUGUUACAAUGCUUGGGCUACUCCGUGAAGACAUUAUCCACCACCGAUGGCAACGCCAGUGAAGAUGGACCUGCUAGAACCGUCGUUAUCAAUUGCCCCACUUCAGGUCUGCAUGUGGUAUUGGAAAGUAACAAUCUAUCAUGCUCGUGCCCGGCGAGCACGCAGCAACAGAACAGCGGGAUCUGGCAAGUGUCGGGGAUGACAGGAGGGAAGCAAUUAGAGACGGAGUAUGGCAGUAGCCUUCUCGGCACCCUACCGAAACAAUAUCGCGAACGUUUAACUAAAGAGUUAUUCGAUAUGAUGCGCGGCAUAAAAGAAAACAGCGAAUCUGAUCUGGAGAAACCGAAGCGAGACUCAAUGGAAAACAAAUCGAUGAGCAUGCUCGAAAUGAAAACUCCGGACAAACGUAAAUUUCAACUUGCAUUGGAAACACCGACCCGCUACCGAUCUUUAGACACGCUGACUGCCAAAGACACGAACGACCAGAACCUGCCGGCACCGGGGCCUUUGCAAAAACAUGUCUCUACCGACAUGUCGUGUAAUGAUGUUCAUGACACGAUGGAUAAAAAGAAGUUUACAUACCAGAGGCAGAGUACAUACACUUUAUCUUCGACGCCGGACAGCGUUACGCGACGCAACAAGACAUCGAGCCCUAUACAAGGUCAUCAAAAUAAAUUACUAGAGAAGAUUAUAUCCGCUGAAAGACAUGCAGAAAGUCUACGGAAUAAGCUGGCUGAUAUUGUGAAAGACAUUCAAGAAGACGGCAAAUGUGACACCUCCAUGUCCUCCCUCGCUUUGGAUGUCUCGAAGAUAUCCUUACUAAAGGGAGAAUCUUCUAAAGUUCAAUUUGCAUCAAGUCCAAACCUCUCGGGGCUAAGACGUGCCAGUUACGACUUCCCUAAAUCGAAAAAAUUAUACGCCGAGCGCGCUUCUACAUCCGACCUACUUUCUAACAAGAGACUAUCGAAAGAAGGAAAGAUAGCGAAGUUCCGUCGAGUUUCACCCAAAUUUCUCAAACUUAAAAAAGAUACGACUGAUUCCAAAGCUGAAAAUGGAGCAUCACAUCCAAAAAAUAAUAAAUUAAACAUGAUUUUCAAGCAAAAAAUAGCUACGCCGGUCCGUAUACCCAAAGUUAAUGAACCCGCCACAUCUAAAUCCAGUCCAAACCUCAGUGCUACAAAGAAAAAAUACAGUCACAUCAAAUCAACCAUACCAAGACCAUCUUCUUUUAAAAGGGAAUAG